AUGGCGGAGCGAAGGAGCAAAUGGGACCGGCCUGCGGACCAUGGCACCAGCCAGCAGCAAAGCGUCGCUGUGACCACAACAACGGAUACACGUCCAGCCGCCAAAGCUGCUGCUGCCGCCGCCGCGCGCAUCGCCGCACAGUUUACGAGAGGUGAGCCGGCUGGCCCUGGUGCUCUGGUGCGGCACCCUGAUUUUGAUGAAGAAGGCCCAGAUGGCGCCUAUACGCAUGACAUUGAGAUCAAUGAUCAUCGUAAUCGCUACCUGUUGACAAAGAGCCAGACACAAGACAAUUUGCGCCAUGAGACAGGCGCGCGCGUGUACACACGCGGCAUAUGGUACCCUGACCGUUCUAAGGCGCGUGCUAGUGAUCCGCCAUUGUACCUGCAUAUCACGGCGGAUACACGUGAGAGUCUGGAUCGCUGUGUGGCACGCAUCAAUGACCUGAUGAACCAGGAUUUGCCGCCGCUGCUGGACGACCGUUUGCACCGCAACGAUGCGAGGGGGCCGAAUGGAUGGCCCGAAGAGCGUGUCCCGAUCAACUUGGAACCGCUGCGCAACUUUAAUGUGCGUGCAAAGAUCGUCGGUCCCACUGGUUUGUUUGUGAAGUACAUUCAGAACGAGACACGCGUGCGUGUCCAAAUCAAGGGCCGUGGUUCUGGCUACUUGGAAACCGAUACAGGCCGAGAGCUGGAAGAGCCUAUGCAUAUCCAUCUCUCAGGCCCAGAAGCAACACAGGUUCGUCGCGCCAAGGAAAUGGCCUUGGACCUUGUGGAUGCCGUCACAGAGGAAUGGCACAAGGCUCGUGCUGCCACGGGCGGUGGCUCCAUGGACUAUGCUCCCAAGUCGCAGGAAGACAUUCCACCGCCGCCUAGUGAAGAAGCUCCACCACCACCACCGGAAGGGGCGGAAGUUCCUCCACCGCCUGAAGACGAAGUACCCCGUACGCAUUCGCUUACGACAACUAACAUUUCAGCGCCACCACCGACCGAUGCACCGCCGGAAGACCCAGCGCCGCCAGUCGAGGCAGCACAGGAGACUUCGCAGCUGGCCGAAGAGGAAGCUGCCUUGCAUCAGUACUGGAAAGACUAUGUGGCAUGGGAGCAGAGCUUUGUGAACUACCAUGGACGGCGGCCUACCGCCGAUGAGGGCGCGCAGGACGUCCCACCAGAAUACCGUACAUGA